AUGCUGCUGUGGUCAUUGCUGGUCGUCCUUGCUCCAGCCAGUGCACAGGCAGAUGGGCUGACCCUCCUGGCGCCCCCCUCUGUCUUUGAAGGAGACAGAAUAGUUCUGACAUGCCAGGAAGAAAAGAACUGGAAAAUAGAGACGGUGACUUACUACAAGGAUGGAAAAAAAUUACUUUCUUUAGAAAAAUUCUCAGAUUUCUCUGUCCAAAGUGCAAUUCUGAGUGACAGUGGCAGCUAUUACUGUACUGCUACUGGACGUAGACUACUCUGGACAUCGAAAAAAACUUCACAAAUAGUCAAUAUCAAAGUCCAAGAGUUGUUUCAACAUCCCGUGCUGACAGCCAGCUCCUUCCAGCCCAUUGAGGGGGGUCCAGUGACCCUGACCUGUGAGACCCAGCUCCAUCCACAGAAGUCAGUGAUCCAGCUCCAGUUCUGCUUCUUCAGAGAUAGCCAGGCCCUGGGAUCAGGCUGGAGCAGCUCCCCAGAGCUCCAGAUCGCUGCAAUGUGGAGUGAAGACUCAGGGUCUUACUGGUGUGAGGCAGAGACUCUGGUACCCAGGAUCAGAAAACAGAGCCCCCAAUCUCAGAUUCAUGUGCAGAGAAUCCCCAUCUCUAAUGUAACCUUGGAGACCCGGGUCCCCGGGGGACAGGUGAUUGAAGGAGGAAAGCUAGACCUGCUCUGCUCAGUGGCUGAGGGCACAGGAAACAUCACAUUCUCCUGGCACAGAGAGGCCACAGGACUCAGUCUGGGAAAGAAGAUCCAGCGUUCUCUGACAGCAGAGCUAGACAUCCUGGCUGUGAGGGAGAGUGAUGCUGGUGGAUAUCACUGUACAGCUGACAAUGGCCAUGAGCCCAUCCAGAGCAAGGUGGUGAAUAUCCUUGUGAGAAUUCCAGCGUCCAGCCCUGUCCUCACCAUCACAGCUCCCAGGGCCAGGCCUGUGGUGGGAGACGUGGUGGAACUCCACUGUGAGGCCCUGAGAGGCUCCGCCCCGAUCCUGUACCAGUUUUAUCAUGAGGAUGUCAGCCUGGGGAACAGCUCGGCCCCCUCUGGAGGAGGAGUGUCCUUCAACCUCUCUCUGACUGCAGAACAUUCUGGAAACUACUCUUGUGAGGCUAACAAUGGCCUAGGGGCCCAGCGCAGCGAGGUGGUGACACUCUCCAUCGCAGGGGCUAAUGGCUGUAGAAGAGACCUUGUCAUAGCCAGAGCUCUUGGGGGACUGUUUGGUAUCCUUGCUUUAACUGGUGGUGUUGUGCUAUUUUAUCACUGGUCUCACAAGAUAUCAGGAGAAAGUUCUGCUACUAAUAUACCCAGGUGA